AGGGCGGAGGGGGCGGGGCCUGGCCUGCGGGGCGGCUCCCUGGGGCGCGCAAGCCUGGAAGCCCAGGCGCUAGAGUGCUUAGAACCUGCAGGAUCGUCGCUGCUGCCUCCCGCGGUCCCUUCAGUCAUGCCGAAGCACGAGUUCUCUGUAGACAUGACGUGUGAAGGCUGCUCGAAUGCAGUCACUCGGGUUCUCAACAAGCUAGGAGACAUUCAGUUUGAGAUCGACCUGCCCAACAAGAAGGUGUGCAUCGACUCCGAGCACAGUGUGGACGCUCUGAUGGAGACCCUGAAGAAAACAGGGAAGACUGUCACCUACGUCGGCCCCAAAUAGCGACGGCCUGGACCCCUGGCCCUCGGGGUGGACCAAAAGCGGGCAGGACUGAGCCAGGCAUCGCUUCCCUCAGCGCAUGGAACAGGCACUAAGGCAGUAUUUGAUGGAUGUGCAACAACUGCCAUUUGGGGGACAUUUGUCUGUUGUGCUGCCCUCGCAUUAAUCCCAUCGCAUCCUAUUCGGUCCCUGUGGGCUGACAGUGGACUAGCCCAGUGAUGUGAAGCCACGCUCCAAUGUCAGCAGGCCUGUAUCCAAACUCUGCUUCCGUCACUUGACAGCAAUGUGACCUUGGACAAGUCACUGAUUCUCUUGUGCAGCUCAGUUGCCUCAUCUGUACAAUGGGGAUCAUGAUCCUACCUGCCCCAGAUGACUGCUGAGACUUAAAUAAGAUACAUUUCAUGCCUAAUGCUUGACGGUGGCAUAACACAAAUACAGCUUUUGAAAAACUCGAUUGAUUGAUUGAUUGAUUGAGAGACAGAGCGAGAGAAACACUGAUUUGUCGUUCCACUUAUCCAUACAUUCACUGGUUGGUUCUUGUAUGUGCCCUGACCCGGGAUCAAUUAAACCUGCAACCUUGGCAUAUGGGGGCAACACUUGAACCAGCUGAGCUACCAGACCAGGACCCAAGUAAAGAUUUUUGUUUGAACAAAAGCUUCGAGAUUUUACAGUUUGAAGUUUGAAAACUGAAAUCUGGAAAGUUCAGCUCUAGAUCCUUUCGACCAUGGCAAACUAUGGGAAGUAAAGACGGAGCCUCGGGUGCGGCCGGUGUGGGAGGCGAGCGGCUGGUGCCCGGGACGCAGCCCUCUCUGUGGCAUUCAUUCUCCUUUAAUUAGUGUCGGCCUCUUAAAAAGCCCAAGUCUGUAAUUUCGGGGGAGUGUCCAUCAGAGCUGCUUUUAGACUCCAUGUCUUUAGGGCUGUGGCCACGCAGUUCAAGUAACGAGUUCCCUAAUCCGCUUCCCAAGGGGGACGGUCUGCAAACCUCCUCACUGCCCACCCAGCUUCUUUUUGAAAUAGAAAUAGAACAUCAAAGGCUCUGGAAAGAAGGAUGUUACCUCCCAUCAGUCCCCUCAUCAGGGGUUCCUAGCACCCUAACCCUUUCAGAACCACACAUCCCCAGACAGCUAGAAGCAGGCUGCAUCCUAGGUAAGGGGGCAGGCUCUGCAGACCGAGGGGGGCAGUCCCAGCCCAGCUGUUUACCAGCUGUGUGAGCUCGGGCAAGUUGCUUCACCAUCCGGGGCCCUGUUUUCUCAUCUGUAUAUUAGGUGAGAAACCUGAGAAGGUGGAGGUGUAAACUCUACCUUCUGAGACUGAAGAGGGACAAUGCAUGCACACGGAGGGCACGGCGUGGCUGUCGUCAUUGUCACAGAUCGUAGGAAACGAGGAGACCUAGCCUGUCAUCCAGCCCCACGCACACACCCCCUCCCUCUCUCUGUGGCCCCAAGUCUCGCCCUGCACGCUGCUCCCGAGAGGGUGUGCCAGGAGCAGCGUGCCUUGCCCUGGACGGCCCCCUGAGGGAGAGUGCUGGCGCAGAACCCACCCUUGUCUCCCCUGCUCUUCCCAGGCCUGGACUGGGACUGUGCUGACGCCUUCCCCAUGGGGGUCUCAGAGGCAAAGCACGUUUUCCCUUUCCCUCCCCACCACCCCUCUCUGCUCUGCCCCACAAGGCAUACCCCAAAUUCCCUCGCUCAGCCCUUCCUCAGGGAUGAGGCCAGAGUCAUCAGCCACGGUCACUGGCCUCUUUGUCGAUGCCCUUUUGAGAGUGGAAGCCGAGAGCACGUGGGUAGCGGGCAAGCAGCUCUGGGCCCCACUGAUCCGGCUGAGGCCGUUUCCCGACUCAGCCUGGAAAAGCCGGGCUGAGUCCCGCGGGCACACGGUUCUCCAGGAGGGGACCUGGGGGGUUACUUUUCCUCCGCGGCACCUACUUCACAGGUGAUGCGCACGAAGCAGCCAGCAGGUGUUUGAUGCUCAAUGAAGGCCGUACUCUUAAUUCACACUUUUGAGAAGGUUCCUCUGAAUCCUACCACUUUGUAAAAGGGCUGUCAGGCAGGCCACACCCAACACCAGACCCCGCAUCUGCAUCCCCGCUGCCCCUGCUCUGCACUGCCACUGCCCUUCCCAGGCUCCAGUUUGGAAGCAGCCCACGUGGAGAAGGCCGCCAUUUGUGGGUAUCUGACUCCUAUUUUGGUCCAAACAGAAGCUGUGGUUCUCUCUAUGUUCCUGAUCAUUAGAGAGGCCAGAAAAGCCAUCGAGUGGUGGGAGGCGCCCCAGGGAGAGGUCGAAGGCUAAAUGCGGGAGGAGCAACCUGGACUUGCUGAGAUCUCCAAAUUCCCCUCCAGGGCUGGGAGACACCCCAAUCUCACCUGCCAGUCCUGUCCAUCAGUCCUGCCCACCAGCCUCUCCCACCAGCACCUCAGGCCUCUGCCUGGUCCUCAGACUGAACACCCCCUGGGACAGCAAGUGUGUAGAAGAAGUCUAGAGUAUUACAGCUGGACAGGUCUGUAAUAAGAAAAAGUCCUACUGCCUCAAUUUGUUGGUAUUAUUAUUAAUGGAAGUAUCUGACUUUUGAUGAUAUAAAAGAAUUAUUUUAAAAAUUUAAGUCUUACCUAUAUAUCAGCCUACCCACUCUCCCCACCCCCACCCUCAUCCCCCCCCCCCCCCCCAAUCUCCACAUGACAAAGAAAACCCUUGCUUUUUGGUGUAUAGCCUUCCAGACCCUUUUUAGGCUUACGCGGGCGUAUAUAAGGAAACAAAAAGGGCAAAGCAGUGUAGUGUUUAAAAGUUCAGGCUCCGGAGUGAGACCACGUGGCUUCAGAUCCUAGCUCUGUGUCUCACCUGCAAGUUAUUCAACCAGCGAGGCCACUGUCUCCCCAUAGUAAACUGAAGAUCAUGUGUUCAUAUCAUAGCGGGGUUCUGAGCAUCAAACAAAAUAGUCCACACAAGUCAUUUGGGCACAGUGGCUGGCAUGUAGAAGACUCAGUAGACAUGGACCACUCUAUUAGUGUUGAUGUUCUGCAGUCUGCUUCUUUAACUAGAUAGUUCAUGGACUCAUUCCCAUCUCAAAUGUAUUACCUGUAGCUGCUUCUGUGCUUCGGUGGCUGAGUUGAAUGAGGCUAAGGCACCCUGUGGCCCACAAAGGCUGACAUGUUUACUGUCUUGACCUCCACAGAAAAAUGUUGUUGGCCCAUGGUCUGGAUCAGCGAUUCUGCACUGUGGUCUGUGGGAACCUGAGGUUCCACGCAGGCGUCUCGGGGAGAAGAGAGGAGUAGGGGGUGGGGCUCCAGUGCACCUGUCUACCAGGGCGGAUCCACCAACCACUUAAGGAAGAAAUUAUACCAAUUCUCUCCAAUCUCUCAGAGGGUAGAAGCAGAGGGAGAACCUCCUAACUCAUACUUGGAGGCCAGCAUUACCUCCAUGCCAAAAACAAGACGGAGAUUACAAGACAAGAAAACCACAGACAGGUAUCCCUCAUGAACACAGAUGUACAGAUCCUCUACGAAAGAUUGCCAAGUCCAGUCCAGCAACGUUUAAACAGAGUCACAUACCAGAACCAAGUGGACUUGUUCUAGGUGUGCAAAGCUGGCUCGGCACUUGAAAAUCAAUUGGUGUAAUCCAUCACAUCAGCGGGCUAAAACUGGAAAAUCACACGACCGUGUCUGUACAUGCAGCAAAACCAUUUGACAAAACCCAACGCCAUUUAUGAUAAAAGCUCUCAGCAAACUAGGGAUAGAGGGCAACAUUGUCACUUGAUAGAAAAUAUCUACCAAAAGGAAAAAAACUAACGAAAAAUAACCUCAUACUGAAUGGUAAGAAACCUGAAGCUUUCCCACUGAGAUCAGGUACAAGACAAGGAUGUCCCCUUUCUCCACUGAUUUGCAACAUCGUACUGGAAGUCCUUGCUAAUAUAAGAAGAUCAGAGGUAUACAGAUUGGGAACAAGAAAUAACGCUGCAUUUGUUUGCAGAUGAGAUGAUUGCCUAUGUAGAAAACCCAAAUGAACCAGGGUUCGGAGACCUUGCAGUUUGGUGAAGACACCCACAUACCAGGAGGGCGUGCACCCCAACUCUAUUGGGACAGAAGACCCUGUGUGCGCGACCCUCCCAGACCUCCCCCUAUCUCUUCAUCUCGCUGUUCAAGUGUGUCCUUUGGCAUUUCCUUUAAUACACUGGAAAAUGUAAGUGUU